AGCUGAUGUGGUGAUCAGGUUUUGAAACCACCUGGGGAUUUCUUGGGUGCGGGGUGGACAGAAGGGAGAGCGGGGAGCAGGGUUCUGGAGGCUGCAGUUCCUGGCCUUGGGCCACAGAGGCAGUUGAAGUGAAAGUGAAAGAGAAACGGAUAAGAGGACAACAGAGAGCACAGGUGCUAAGUGAGGGUGCUCAGAGAACCCCCUCUUCGGCCAGAGGUCCUUAGCCGGGGAGCUGUGGAGAAGCCGCCAGCCAGCGAGGAAGCCAGUGAGAGAAGCCUCCAUGGGCUCGGAGCCCAGCUGGUGGCUGCUGCUCUGGUUGGCUGUCUCUGGGGCGGCAGGGACCGACCCUCCCACAGCGCCCCCCACAGGAGAAAGACGGUGGCAGCCCACCGACAUCGUCUUAGACUGCUUCUUGGUGACAGAAGACAGGCAUCGAGGGGCUUUUGCCAGCAGUGGGGACAGGGAGAGGGCCCUGCUUGUGCUGAAGCAGGUACCCGUGCUAGAUGACGGUUCCCUGGAAGGCAUCACCGAUUUCCAAGCGAGCACAGAGACCAAACAUGAUUCACCAGUUAUCUUCGAGGCCUCAGUGGACCUGGUACAGAUUCCCCAGGCAGAGGCUUUGCUCCAUGCGGACUGCAGUGGGAAGGCGGUGAGCUGUGAGAUCUCCCAGUAUUUCCUCCAGGCCAGACAAGAGGCCACUUUUGAGAAGGCACAUUGGUUCAUCAGCAAUGUGCAGGUAUCUAGAGGUGGGCCCAGUGUCUCCAUGGUGAUGAAGACUCUAAGAGAUGCAGAAGCUGGAGCUGUCUGGCACCCUACGCUGAACCUACCCCUGAGCCCCCAGGGUACAGUGAAGACUGAAGUGGAGUUCCAGGUGACAUCAGAGACCCAAACCCUGAAUCACCUGCUGGGGUCCUCUGUCUCCCUGCACUGCAGUUUCUCCAUGGCACCAGGCCUGGACCUCACGGCUGUGGAGUGGCGGCUGCAGCAUCAAGGCAGUGGUCAGCUGAUAUAUAGCUGGAAGACAGGGCAGGGGCUGGCUAAACGCAAAGGUGCUACACUGGAGCCUGAGGAGCUCCUCAUGGCCGGAAAUGCCUCUCUCACCUUACCCAACCUCACUCUAAAGGAUGAGGGAAACUACAUCUGCCAGGUCUCAACCUCUCUGUACCAAGCUCAACAGAUCACGCCACUAAACGUCCUCGCUCCCCCCAAAGUACAACUGAACUUGGCAAACAAGGAUCCACUGCCUUCCCUGGUCUGCAGCAUUGCUGGCUACUAUCCUCUGGAUGUGGCAGUGACAUGGAUUCGAGAGGAGCUGGGUGGAAUUCCAGCCCAAGUCUCUGGUGCUUCCUUCUCCAGCCUCAGGCAGAGCAUGAUGGGAACCUACAGCAUUUCUUCCACAGUGAUGGCCGAGCCAGGCCCCACAGGUGCCACUUACAUCUGCCAAGUUGCCCACGUCUCCCUGGAGGAGCCCCUGACAGUCAGCAUGAGGGUUUUGCCAAUCACAGAGCAGAGCGGAGCCUUCGGAGUCAUCUUUGCCAGCAUUAUGUUCCUUUCUAUGCUGCUGUUUCUAGGAAUUCACAGACAGCAAGCUUCUUCGCCAAGGUCCACCAAGACUAUGAGGCACUCAGGGUAGCCUCUAGCCUGCCUGAGUACAAAGUAAAGGACCCCGUGUGGAGCUGUGGAGCUGAGACAGGCCUGAAGGCGGCAGCACAUUGAUAGUGAGGUACUGGCCCUGGUCUAUUCAAGUCUCUGCUUGCAGUACUAUUGAGAAGAGAACCCUGGACUGGUGAAAAGGGACGGACACCAGGAGGGCAGAAUUAUCAAAGCGGAGGCUAACGCCAUCUAUGUAAGGUGUUAAGAAAUCAGGGUGGGGUGGAGUGACCACAGGGGAGGGUUACCUAGAAAGGGCUCUCCUUUCUUAAAGGAGAAGGGGAAAGAGGAUCGGGGUGGAGUGGGUUCUUCAUGAAGAGGUACUAGAAGGAUAGAGGGAGCUGAUAUUGGAAUGUAAAAUGAAUAAACUAAAAAAAAAAAUCAAAUAUAAAACAUUCUCUUGAAAAAGGAUCAAAGAAGGGGCAAGUGAGGGGUGAGGAGCCUGUUACCACUCAUGAACGCUAAUGUCAAAAUAAAAGCGUGUGGCUUCCACAGA